AGGGAUGCAGAUUGAGCCCAAUGAGAGGCUGGAAAUCCUAGAAACUGCUCGUCACUUGCUUGUUCCUUAUGACUUUUCAUCACCAAAGGUUAUGGACUUGACUGAACUGCCAUUAUUGCAUUCUUUGAUCCUAUGCGGCAGGGACACCUUCCCUGGUAACCUCUUUAAUCCUUCCCAGUUCAUUAGAGUACAAAAGAAUAUGAAGGUGUUGCAUUUUGUUUAUGGAUUUAGCAGUGUUGCAUUUAAAAGUUUGAAACACCUGAGGUAUCUACGCCUCGAAGAUAGAUUGAAAACUCUACCUGAAUCAACAAGCUCCCUUCAUAACUUGCAGACGCUGAAUCUCCGCUCUUGUUGCUUUCUUGAAAUGUUACCAAAAGGCAUGAAGCACUUGAAAAAUCUUAGGUAUUUAGACCUCAGGCGUUUCAAUUCACUAACUUGUAUGCAUGCUGGAUUGGGACAAUUGACAUGCUUGUGCAAGCUAAGCAAAUUCAUUGUGGGAAAGGACAAUGGUUGUGGCAUUGAUGAGUUGAAAGAGUUGGCCCUAGAGGGAAAAUUGAGCAUCAGUGGACUUCACAACGUGACGAGUUCAAUGGAAGCUAAAAAUGACAAUUUGAUAAAGAAGCAAAAUUUAAGAUCAUUAACCUUAUCUUGGUAAGUAAACAAAACGGAAUGCACUCGUCAUGAACAUGGAAAUGAAGAGGAGAUUCUUAAUUUUCUCCAACCUCAUUUAAGCUUGAAGUAGUUAUGCAUAUUUUAUUACCAAGGUGCUAGCUUUCCGAAUUGGAUUAUGGAUCUGCUUCUACCAAACCUUGUUGAAAUCUAAAUAAAAAAUAUCGACAGGUGCGACCAACUUCCACCUCUAUGGAAAUUAUGCUUCCUCAAAGGUCCUUACUAUUGGAGGAAUGGGUGCUCUCAAGUAUAUUGACAGUUGAGAUAUGGGAAGUUCUUAUCCAUCACUCGAGGUUCUCAAUAUAAGACGGUCACCAUGUUUGGAGGAAUGGAUGGCAGUGAAUGGUGUAGAACAUUUUCCUCUCUUAAGUUCAUUAACUAUCGAGGAUUGUCCUAAGUUGAUUAAGCUACCAAUGUUUGGAUCUCUAAAAAGACUGAACUUUAUAGGAAGUAACAUCACUUUACUCCAAUCUUUGAUGAUGAAUGCCACUGUU